AGUCACCUUAUGCAAUUACUGCCUAUGCUGGCCGGCCACUUCUAGCCAGGCUGGGGAGGGCAGGGCAGGGGGGGACCAGUUCUGAGUCUCCCCCAUCAGAGCGUUAUGGAUCUAUUCGACUUUUUCAGGGACUGGGACUUAGAGCAGCAGUGUCACUAUGAGCAAGACCGGAGUGCACUUAAAAGGAAAGAAUGGGAGCGAAGAAAUCAAGAAGUCCAGCAAGAUGAAGAUCUCUUUGCUUCAGGUUUUAAUCUCUUUGGGGAACCCUACAAGACAAAUAAAGGCGAUGCCCUUGCUAACCGUGUCCAAAACACAUUGGGAAACUAUGAUGAAAUGAAGGACUUGUUAACCAACCAUUCUAACCAGAGCCACCUUGUAGGAAUCCCAAAGAAUUCUGUACCACAGACUCCCGUUGACAAAAAUGAACAGAACUUUUUUCCAGAACAGAGAAACAGGAUGAUCCCGUCUCACCAGAUCAGCGGUCACUCGUCAACGUCAAUGCCCCCACCUUCUUCACUGUCAUCAAAUUCUACUUUGCUACACAGUCACCAGAGCAGCAGGAAAUCCAGGACAGAUUGGUCACGUGGUGGUCACAACUCUAAUGGUGCACAGCCAAGCCAACCCAGUAGUCAACAGAGUAGGACAAAGCAUAGCUCUUCACAUGACCAGCCUCAAGGCAGGUACGACGAUCUCUACAGCUGUCAGAGUGAGCAACAUAAAAAUGGAGGCGCUGAGGAAGCAAACCCGGCUGCAUCAUCUUCACAUUCACGGAGGCACAAUCAUUCCAAAUCAACAACUGGAGAACAUUCUUAUAAAGAAAACAGUCAUUCCAAGUCACCUGUAGAACUUGAGUUUGUAGGGCACGGUCCUGGAUCUCCACUUCCUUCUACAUCUUUGUUAUCUGCAAACAAUGGUCUCUCAACCCAGAGUUUCCCACCAGGACUGCACUGUAAAACUAGCAUGGUCCAGCAAAAGCCUACAGCUUACGUAAGGCCUAUGGAUGGUCAGGACCAAGUACCUAAUGACUCACCUGAACUGAAACCUCCAAUAGAAAUUGAGAGUGGAUAUGGAAAUCAAUCAUUUGGAACACUGUUGGAAGGAAAAGCUAAUGCACCCAGUUCUAAGAAUAAAUUACCAAAGCUUACCAUCCCUCAAGCUAGUGAGGUUAGCCUUCCCAAUGAUUCCAGCUGUGUGGAAGAAAUAUUACGGGAGAUGACCCAUUCCUGGCCUCCACCUCUUACUGCUAUUCACACCCCCGGCAAGGCUGAGCAGACCAAGUUUUCCAUCCCAAGCAAGGUGCAGGAUUCCCAGCACCCGACCUCAGGAUACAAUGUACAAAAGUGGAGUGAUCCAGCAGGGAAAUCUGCCACCAAGUCAGUGCCACAAAAGUCAAUGCUUGAAGAUGAUCUAAAACUCAGCAGUGAUGAAGAUGACCACGAACAGGCUGCCGAAAAGACAAAACCUAGAAACAUUCCUGUAAAUGGCCUUCCUUUGCAGACAGCACACGGUGCAGUUUUAGCACAUUCCAGCGGAGGCUCUGGGAGCUCAAGUGAGUCCGAGAGCAGCUCCGAGUCCGAUUCCGACAGCGAAAGCAGCUCCAGUGACAGUGAGUGUAACGAAGAGUCACGCAGCGCAACUCCGGAGCCUGAACCUCCUUCAACAAACAAGUGGCAGCUGGAUAAAUGGCUAAAUAAAGUGAAUCCCCAUAACAAGACCAUUAUCAACAACCAAAAUGAGACUCACAGUGAGAACAGUUCUCAGUCUCAGAGCAGCCAACAGACUGAAGGACAAAACAAAGGGAAGCUUAAUAACAGUCUGCCCCAGACCGAUUCCAAAGACAGGGCCGUCCUUAGUCCCAUCCGGGAGAAAGCCAAACCACGAGUUGCCCAGAAAACUCCAGAGGCGAAAAGCUCCAAGCAGAAGUCACCAGCUUAUAAUGAGCCAACUUCACAAAGGACUCCUGGGAAAAAGCAACCCAAAAAGGUAGAAAGGACUUCCAGUGUAGAAGAGUAUAACUGGCCCAAACCAAAUAAUACCAGCAACACUCCCAAAGAAAAAGAUACACAGGAACCACCAGAGCAGCCAAAGGUUCGCACAAAAGCAACAGCUGGAAAGACAGCUCCAAGAAAAGAACCACGGACUAGCACGGGACUUGCUUCUGAGAAGAAAAAGUACAGAGGCCCUAGCAAAACUGUCCCUAAAUCCCGUGAAUUUAUUGAAACCGAUUCGUCUACUUCUGAUUCAAACACAGACCAGGAAGAGAGCCUGCAGGCUAAAAUAUUACCAGCUUUCAGUGGGCCUGCCAAUGGCCUCAAAGUAAAAGACUCCAGUAGUAACAUCCUCAGUGUAAGUAGUUUAACUAGCAACAGCAGCAACACAUCAAUAGACCAGACCAGCAAUGAUUUAGAGGAACAACUCUUUUCACCGAUCCCAAUUGUGCAAAAUGAACUUCUGUCCCCACUGAGGGAAUUUGAAGAACUCAAAUCCCUUUGGGUGAAAAUAGAUCUUAGUUUACUCUCUAGAAUACCCGGACAAGACCCUGGUGAGACAGUGAGUGUGAAAACUGAACCGCGAGAGGCAAAUGUGAAACACAGGCGACAAUCUCGAGAGUCCCCCACCGCAGCCGCUGAAAAGCCCGCCACAAAAUCCAAAAGGAAGCACAAGCAGUCCGAAAGCUUGGAUACAUUUGGUGAAACCAAGAAACAGCGUCUGGAGGACACCGCAGCCUCAUGCCUACUUCCACCAUGUAUUUCUCCAAUACCUAAUCACAGAUUAACCAGCACUAAAGACGGGAGUUCAGUUAAAAAGGUGACUAAGAAAAGAGAAGAGAAGUUGUUCCCUCCUCCGUUAUCCCCGCUGCUGGAUGAGCCAGCACACAGACGGCACAGCAGUGACAACAGCUCCUUCAGCCAAGAGAACAGCGUCACAAACUCCUUGCAGACCGGCAGCGCUUCCUCUUCUUCUAAAUUCGGAAAGAAUGAGAACAAAUCCUCUUCGAACCCCAAAGGAAUCUGUGAGGAGGAAUCUCGCCAUAGACCAACAAACAGUCUCCUUGAUACCAGCCAUCUAGAAACAGACAUCUGGUCUACAAUGCCUACACUCUCCAAUGGGAAAUCUGAGUCAAGAAGACCUAAAAUAACAUUUGAUGACAUGCUUCACAAUGCAGACUAUUACAUGCAAGAGGCUAAGAAGCUAAAGCACAAAGCGGACGCACUGUUGGAGAAGUUCGGCAAAGCAGUGAAUUAUGCUGAUGCUGCUCUCUCCUUCAUUGAGUGCGGGAAUGCUAUGGAGCGAGAUCCAUUAGAAGCUAAAUCCCCAUACACCAUGUACUCAGAGACUGUGGAACUCAUCAGAACUCUUCAAAAGCCUCCCAGGCCCCCUCUCCUUGGGGAGGCAAUGGAAAGAGCACAGAGACUCCAUCCCCCAUGUCUCUCAGUCCAUCUCCAGUCAGUUCUGUAGGGAGCAGUACAGGCACUGCUGGGUCCUCGUCAGCAGGAACCAUCACCAUCCCCCAGCGCAUCCACCAUAUGGCUGCCAGCCAUGUAAAUAUCACCAACAACGUCUUGCGGAGCUACGAGCACUGGGACAUGGCCGACAAACUGACUAAGGAGAACAAAGAGUUCUUUGUAGACCUGGACUCAGUCAUGGGACCAUUAACACAACACAGCAGUAUGACCAGUCUGGUCCGUUACGUUCGACAAGGACUUCACUGGCUCCGCAUGGAGGCGCAUUUGUUGUAGUGACUGCUGCCCUCUUCAUAACAUCCCCAUCGGUCUACCUCUACCAGCGCACAGACGAUCACUGGUGGAACUCCGCUCAUUUCUGGAACUUGAUUCAUGUAACUUCAUUUUUAUUGCCUUUUUUGAUAUCUUAUCUAUUGGAAGUAGAAGUCACCAUAAAUGGAACUUAUGACUCAAGAGCAGUAUGUGUUGUACCAUCUAAUCAUUUUUGACAAUUUCUAUGCCUUGCGUCUCCUGGAUCCUGCUAUCCUUAUGUGCUUUAUGGAACGGUACAUUCCCUGCAGUAUUGUUUUAAGUCGACACUGCCUUCAAGUGAAAAUAAAAAAAGCACUUUGAGAAGAUAUGGAUUCCUGAGAAAUAGUACAAAACGUCUUAAAUAUAUGAGGGUAUAUACAAAAAUUCUCUUCUGAAAUAAAUUAGCAGAAGUUAUAGCCAUUCACUCAGAAUUGUCCUCUGAACCCAAGCCAAGCUGUUCACUGCUUAGUUCUGGCAUCGUUACCUGCAACUGUUUAUUGCUAAGAUUUCCUACUUUAUAUAGGCCUGAUCUCUAAAAAAGGACUCUGGACAUCUUAUAGGUAUGUAGCGUAAAAUCACCAAAGGCGUUAAGAGAUAAAAGAUUGGGAGGAAUGAUUAAAGAAAGAUGCCACACUACGCAAUGAGGUUUUGAUAUUCUUUUCUGUUUAUUGUUGGCUUAACAGUUUAAGUGGGCAGAACAAGGCAGUUCAUUAGGCAAUUUCAAAAUGUUAGCUUUCAUAGUCUUAGCUACCAUUCAUGUACUCCAUCGGUGAAUUUUCUUUCAGUCCUACUGUUUGGUCUCAAGCAAAUAUUCCUCCAUGAUUUUUCUUGGCAAAAGAUUCUCCUCUUGCAUAGCGACUCAGUGACAGCACGUCUUAACAGGAGUGCUACAUUAUAAACACUGAUAUUGUAUGUGAAAGUAUGGAUUCUUGAUGAGAUUCGCUAGUAAUUUAACUGACUGCUGCUGAGGCACUUCUAACGCCCUGUGGCAUUAAUUUACACCUGUUUUGUUGAUUUCAAAGCUUUAGAAGCAGACAGUAUUAUCUUACUUUCUUGAAAACAAUGAAAAAUUAAAGGAAAUCACUAGAUUUACCCAAAAGCAACAUAUUUGCUUCAUAAUGGUCAUGAAUACUUCAGUCUCCCUAUUCUCCAAAUUACCCAUUUUCCAAGUUCCAUUUUUAUUUAACCACGCUGUCCUAUUUUGACCAUUCCUUUAACGCAUGCAUAAUCAUGAGACAAUUCAGAGAAAAUUUCAAAGCAAUCUUGAAUAAAUGAGACCAUUUCAUUCACUCAUUCUUUUUCUUCUAAGCUGCGCUGCUCUCGUGGCAGCCCUGCAGGAAGCAAUGGUGCAUGAAACAAAACAAAAUGAAUUUAUAUCGGUAAUUCACAAGACUUUAAAUGGCCUCAUAUCAUUCUUGAUGUAAUGCCGGCACACCUUAUCAAACUGUAAAUUUCAUUUAUAUAAACAAAAAAAAAACCCUCCCGGCAAUGUAAAUAUCAUUCUGUGUCACAUCUCACUGAAAUAACACGACAGGUGUAUUAAGUAUCAUCCAGACAUUAUUUAAUUGUAAUUGCCUUUUGAUAUAUAAGCCUGUAUAUCCUUUAAUCGGGCAAGAUAUUAGAUUCUACUCACUGGAUUGUGACCAGGACAAAUUUGCAUUUAAAAGGUUCAGACGGCUAGGUUUUUAAAACAGGCCUUGCACAUUUCCAAUAAGGAUUGUGCCCAAUCCAUAUUUUAAGAUAAACUUCUCUUUUUAAACAAUUGUGUAUUAGCUCCUAUUAAUAAAUACCUUUAAAAAUUCUAUAAGUUCCACAGCAAGGUCUUGUAAAUGUAGCCAGGGUGGGAAGUAUUUCAUUAGAUAAAUCAUGCUGAUAGGGUAGUCUAUAAAGGACAGAACAUACAUAUCCUGGCUUAUUUUCACAUUCCUGUUACUACAGUAAACGUGCCCUUAUCUGUUCUUUGAGGGGUUCAUUAACAUGGCUGAAACAUGAAUCCAAAAGAACUUAUCAUGCUGAUUCUGGCCCCUUUCUCUAAUGAAUAAAACCAGGAUAGCAAGAACCCUCCAUAAACAUAAAAAGAAGGUAAUUUUUCAAACAUGCACCUUUUUUUUAACAAAUGAGCGUAAGUGUUUCUGAUAACUGAAGUAUUGAUAGGUUGGUUGUGACCUAAGUUUUCCAUUCUCUUUGUAAGGCCUCUCUUAUUGGAUUGACUAACUAUUCCGCCUAAUUAAGAACAUUGUUAUCCCUUCUUAUUUUAACGUAGACUGAAAUCCUAGCCUGCCAUGGAUUUACGAAGGAUAUAUAUACGUCUUGAAAUACAAUCUUCAGAGACAUGACUGUUCAAAGAGUCAGCUACCCUCCCCGAGUCAGGGUAUUAUCUUUCCCUUGUUGCUUGUAGUAAACAGACGCCUAUCUCAAAAUUUAACAUACAUUCACAUCUCCUUUACCUAGACAGCUUAGAGAGUUAGCCCACCUGAUUUUACCUCCUGUGACUUAGUUUGAAAUGUAUGUUGAAUCAAUGGUACGAUUAUAAUAAGUCCAGCAGUCAAGCCUAGGAUCACAAGCCAACAUACUAUUUAGCGGUCUUGUUUCAAAAGCAGCUUAGAAACAAAUUAAAUAUGGAGAGUGAAUUACCUUCUUAUCCUUGGGGAUGAUGCUUCUUUUGAGUUAGUUAUUAAGGAUUAUUGCACUUUUAUAGGCACUAUAUUCAUCACCUUUCAAAUUGUAACAUGGCAUCUUCAUGGAGUAAUUUUACUCUUGAAAUUAUUAUUUUACGUAGAUUUCAUUGAAUGAAAUUGUUUGCUUGUUUUGAAGGGGAAGCAUUUUGAUGUAUGAGGAGGUAUCUGCUUGGGCUUUUUCUCUGUCACGCUGUCAGAAAUGCCAACCUCAGGCAUUCAAAGAUCAUGUGUGAGGCCCCCAAAAUUAUGAGGCUGUCUUCAAAAUCAUGAGGUUUUUUUCACAGCAUAUUUUGUGUUCCUUUUAUUUGUCUUAUCAUUGCUGAGUCUUUAAGCAACAUUCAAGUCAUGUUUUCAAGCUUUCCUCCAUAACCAUGAAAACUAGAAAUAUCCUUUUUUUUAAAUGAAAGCUGGGAUGCUCAUGCAAUUUCCUGAUACCUGCAGCUGGGUUUUCAGAAAGACACCAAAUAUUGCAAGACUCAUGAUAACAUUGCAAGAGGUGGCCUGUUAAAUGAUGUGUAGAUCAGUAUGCGUAGCACUAUGAUAAAGGGAACACACACGCUAAGGACUAACGUCUAAAAUAUUGGGGAUCCAUCAGCACUAAAUGACAGUGCAGCAAAGUCCAAAGUGCUUGAGCAAGGUUCUUACACCUUGUUGUGGGCUUCAUUGGUCUUAAAUGGUGUGUAUGGCCUUGUACCUACUCUGAGAACAGUAUGUAUCUCCAGCCACAUGAUGUUCAAUAAGGAACUGAGGUCCAUAGUAGUAGAUGUCCUUGAGAGGAAAGCUUAGGAGAGCUACCAUAUGCCUCAUAUGGUCCCAUCAGUUGCUAGCCUGAAAUAUAGGGCUAGCUUUUUCUAGGGCACUUCUCACUCAAGAAAACUUCCUUUGCAAGUAGGGAAAGUAUGGACCCGAUUACAAAUUGCAGGAUUUGGUCCACUGUUCAUACUUUUUUAGCUUUGCUUAUUUAAAUUUUUUUUUAAAAAUCUGGAUUUUUAUUUUUUUCUAGUUGAGCUUGUCAUUUUAUUGCUAGCAUUUGGUGGCAUCCUUCCAGGCAUGUUUCUCAGAGUUGAAUUUUGCCCUCUUCUUGUUGUUGCAUGGCCUUUGGACUCUUGAUCACUUAAUAAGCUCAGUGUGUAAAUACUGAUUGUUUUAUUUAUAGAUGACCUCAUUGGAAAGAUAGGGGAGGUCUGUUGUCUUUAAAAAGACUCAAGGUCAAGGGCUUUGGUUCCUUCUUAUGAAACAAAAUGAUCGGCAUCCUCGUUUAGUACAUAAAAUGCUAACUCUGAACCUUUAGCUAGAAUUAAUUUCUGGGAUGCUUCUAAAUUAUUCUUCCCUAAAAACUUUUUGACCAACUUUUAGCUACUUCGAUGGAAAUAUUUUUGUCAUGUUGUUUUUGUGGGUAUUUAAUUCUAUUUUUUUUAACAAAUUAUUAUUUCAGGGAAAGCAAGCUUAAAAGGCUGAAAGGCUCAGUUGCAACAAUGGGACCUUUUAAUAAAUGUUUGGAGAUGUAAGAAAAGUUCGAUUACAAGGAAGUGAGCAGUGAGCUUCCUGGAUGACGCAUUACUUUUAUGUGGUAGUGGGGAUAUUAAUGUGUCCCUCUGUAGAAAAGGGCCCUUACUCCCAGUCAGAUAAUGUGCACCAUUCUCUUGUCCCAAGCAAACUGAAGUACAGUAGAAAGCAACGGCAUCUGCAUGGGCUUGAUCCUGCAUUCAUUGAAAUCAAUGGCAAAGCUCCCAUUGACUUUCAUAGUGCAGGAUCAGGUCUUAUAUGCAUAUUCCAUCAACAUACCAUAGGGAGUAUUUGCUGUGCUUGCUCAGACCAUCAGGCCAUCCAGUAUCCUUCCUCGAGCAGUGACCAGGGCCUGACACGUCUGAGGAAGGCAAAAAAAGUCUCAAUACACCCAUAAUACUGCACAUUAAACAUAUUGUGUGCGUAUCAUCUAGCUGUGCAGGCCCCACCCACUGAGGUGCUGUUAUAGAACAUGAAAGGGCUUUUGAAUUGCUAGAAAGUCUGCCUAAUAUUAUUGUAUUUCGGUGAGCAUUUUGGAGAAGGAAAGAUUGCAAGAAAGUUUUAAAAAUAAGGGCCACUCCACCAUCCUCCACCAUCCUUGCACCAUUUGCACAUUUUACUUUAUGUAGCAUUUAAUGGUCAAAUGUGUGCCCUCUAGAGGUGAUUUUUAUAAAGGCAAAUAAAUAAGAUAAAUCAUGUUAGUACUGGAAGGGGUCCAUUUCCUGACCUCCUACACUUCCGUAACAGAAAACCUGGUUUUGUCCAGUUUUUGUACAGUGUCUAGCACAAUUGGGGUCCUGGUCCUUGACUGAGGUUCCUAGGCGCUAUGAUAAUACAAAUAAUAAAUAAGAAGACCCAUAGACACAAAAACAUAUCCAGGCAUUUUGUAUUGUCUAAUAAUAUAUAGGCUAAGUGCUCAGAGCAACCAAUGUUUUCCCCUGGUUAAAGUUCAGUUAUAGUCAUGUUUCUGGAGGUCUGUUACACAGCCUGUCUCCAAGUUUUACUCUUGACAGCUUUAUUUAGCUAGCACUUUUCAGAGCGGUUUGAUUUAUUUUGGGGGAGGUCUUCUGAUAACAACAUGCCCGAUUCUCAUCUCGCACCAGUUUAAAUCCAUUGAAGUCAAAGGGCCUGAUUUGGCUCUCACGCAGCAUGUGACGCAACAGGUUAACACUGGCAGAAAUGAGUGCCGUUUCAAACAAAAGGAGUUAUGGACUAAACCUGGUUCUAGAUGAGAACCUUACUGUGUCAGAAGAUAGUUUAUGAGAAAUACCAUGAAGAUGACUUGUCCUUGGAAUCAGAGGGUACAUAGAAAUAUGUAUGGCAGCUCUGUUACAUGUUCCUCAUGGUAGAAAUGUGAAGCACUGUUUAAUGAAAUUGGAAACCUACUGAAGAAGGGGUGACUUCAUGAGUGUGAAUUGGACUGAAUUGGACCUGUUUGUACAUCCUUGAAAAGGGGAUUUAUUAUUAUUGCUAUGCCUGAUGAAACAUGUUGGCUGUGAUAUUAUGUCAUGAGAAGGCCUUGUGCACCACAAGCUGGUCUGAUGUAUUAACCUGCCUUACUGUGUGGCUCCGUGACACAGUGCACUAACACUGUCAUUACAGUCACUUUCUUGUAGCAAGGUCAUUUUUUCCCCCACAGAACUUCACCAAGGACUGAGUCCAGGGACCCAGAAACCAGCCCACAUAGCAGUCUGUGGCCUGGGUACCUCUGGCAUAGGUAGAUGAAGAAGCCCCACCCCCAGCCUCACCCCUCCCCCAGACUAUGGAGCAGCUGCAGAUGAUGAGGGUACUUGAACCCUUUCAGUGAUAUUAACCAAUGAGCAAGAUGAGCAAGAUUUGUGUGUGAACCAGUUCGGGUCUUUAAUUCUACUUCACUGUAAUCUGAGUUCCACUAUAUGCAAAUUCCCUCUACUUCCCGUAUUGGGCUUAAUUCUACUCGCCAUAGCAACAGCUUUGCACUGGUGGAACUUCAUUGACCUAAAUGGAGUUACUCCUGAUUUAGAGCCGUAUCAGUCAGAGAAUCAGGCUCCUAAAUGAGUUUCAUUAUAAAAAAUACUUAGGGAAAUGUUACUAAUAAUUUAGGGCUAAAACCCACAUUACAUACUGGGGGCCAAAUGGUUCUCUGACCAACACCAGUGGCAUCUAGAGCAACUCAAAUGACUUCAGUGGAAUUCACUGGUCCAAAUUCUGGUCUUAUUUUACACUUAAUAAUGGAGUGAUUGAGAUCAACAUUGGGCUCAUUGUACCAGACCCUCAACUAGUUUAAAUCAGUUACUUCAGCGGCAGAGCUUCUAUAUCAUGAUGCCAACUUUUCCCAACCUAGCACUACAAAUUUCCCAAAUCUGGUGAAAAAUUCCCAGAUAAAGUUUUUUACAGUGCUUCUAUAGCCUGGGAAAUUGCCCCAAACCUGGGAAUUUGUGAGUAAAAUGUUUCAAAUUGGGAAUUUUCAUUCAAACAUUUUACUCAAAAAUUCCCAGAUUUGGGGAAAUUUCCCAGGCUAUAGAAGCACUGUGAAUCAGCGGAGCUACCACCAAUUUUCACUAUACCUUAGGAUCUGACGCACUGAGUUCACUUUGGUUCCCUCUGGAUUUACACUGGUGGAUCUGUAAGGAGACUUUAUUUGCGACCAGCCCAUAAACGUACUCAGCCCCUACUUAGGUCAAAGAACUUUGACUUCAGUGGGAUAUAAGUUCGAGGUAGAUCAGCAGGGAUUUGACCUACUGGCAGGAUGCAUUUACUCCAAAAUUUUUCAAUGAACUGACUAGCUGGCAACAGCAAACACUUUCUGUUGUUCAUGAAAACCAGAAUACAAGAUCCUCACCUGAUCCAAGUUGGUGCAGCUCUAUUGACUUCAAUGGAGCUAUUCCAAUAUACACAGGCUGAGGAUCUGGCCCAUAAACCCAAAUCUUUUUUUAUUUUUGGCCAACAUAUCUCUGUGCAGGUUAACUCCUAAAGCUUUAUCAUCACGCUUCUUGUUUAUUGACCAUGCUAAUGAAGCGAUUGUGUUUUGUCUGUAAGGAAAUGGACUUGGCAAAGCAAUGAAAUCUAGAGUACUUUGUAAAGCUGCAUUAGGCCACACAGUCUGGAAGAAGUAUCAUCCAAACCGAGAAUAACUCAACAGCUAGGGCCGUACUACAUUUUGUCUGAUGUCGUUACGGUUUUCACUCUGCGCUUCCCCCGCUGAUUUUUACAUAGGAAGUGAACAACAAUUGUAGGUUUCUGAAAAUUAUCAGCCACAUCCCCAGAUGCCUUCCGUCCAGGUAGCUGCAUUGAUGGCAGAACUGAUUUACACAGCCUGAACUGGGCCUGUCUAGUUGUACAGCCUGUGCUGUAUGAACGAAGUGCAGCUUUGCAAAUAUAUACACAAGCUGUUAAACUAUUUUGAGCAGCCGAUAAUCGCUGCUAAAAGAAUCGGAGGUGAAUUUCUGCCUGCAGUCUAGUCCUGCAGAGUGUUUUGUUUUGAGCUAAAAUGCAAGAUGCAAUUUCAUUCCCCCUCACUUUAAAUAUUUACUGGCAUCAGCAUUAGCUUACAUAGAAAAAUGGCAAAUACAUUCAGAUGUCUCAGAAAUCCUCGCAGUAUAAAGAUGGAAUCUGUUACUCCUGCUCAAAGGCAUUGCAGAGGGUUGAAGUGUAUUUUCUAAGCCAAAUGAGUUUUGUAUAGUUAAAAACGAUUGAAAAUAUUUAUGAAGGGCCCGAUUCUGCAAUUCUUACUUACACUGAGCACUUUAAUCCACAAUUAGUUCCAAUUACAUCAGUGGAGCUAACUACAAGCAGACUAAAUUACUGCUCAGCAUUUGGAUGGCAGAAUUAGGCCCUAAAUAAGUUACUCGGAUGCAAUCAGGAGUUUAAUUUUAGCCAUAUAUGUCAUGUGAGGACACUCAUAAACUCGAUGUCCAUUUUAUCCAAACUGACAGUCCCAGUAAUUCCACAGACUAUUGUAUAUUUUAUUCCUUCAUGUAUUUUUGUGGCAUCUCUGGAUUGCAUAUCUUCUACUGAAUCUGAAAUGCUCUUUUAAGAAAAAAAAAAUCAAUGUUCAUGAGGCCUAGGACAUAUCAUUGCAAAGUUUGAAAACAGAUUUAAAGAUCUGGUUAGUUUUGUUUUAACUAUAAGCCAUCUUUUGGGUUGUGUUUUGACUUUAGCUGUAGCAAUCCCACGCCCAUUGUUUUUAAAAUGGUACAGUUCAGAUUAAGUUUUCUGGUUGCUGAAAAACUGAAUAAAAUGACUAAAGUAUGGGAAAAGUAAUAAUGGCAAACUAAAGGGAUGUUUGUUCUUUCUACGUGUCUUGUUUUUUACCUGCUAGUGUUGGGAUUAGUCUAGAAAAAUGUGUGAUUUUUCACCUCCAUCUCUGACUAUUGUGGCAAAACGCUCAAAUUUGUCUUUUGUGUUUGUUGGGGUUUUUUUGUUUGUUUUGGGUGGGAUUUUUUUGUAUGUGUAGAAGUAACCAAAAUAUCAGGAACAUUUAUAUACCCUCUGUUCUGGUUACUGGCCAUUAUGACAUCAUGAAGACCUCUUGGUCUUCCUACCAAAGUCAGAUUUAACUUCUACCUUGAUGUUCUUCUCAAUUAGCCAUUGAAAUUAGAUUGUAAUUUACUAAAUACCCCUUUAGCUUGCAUUCUUACUUUUGAUUUACUAUUGAACUAGCCUUCUUUGUGUGUGUGCAAAUAUCAUAUCCAUAAUCCCUGCAAUCCCACAAGGUGUCUUUGUUCUCAACAAGCAUGUUAUUCUUGUAAAGUUUUACGUAUAAGUUAAGAUGUUUUGUACAGACCAAGGUAACUGUUAAAAUGUCAAGCAAUUACUGAAAUGUUGUAUAGUUAUAAAGGUUUGAUUUCUUUUGCUUUAUAUGUAUAAAAUUGUAUCCUGCCUGUUUUGCUUUGUAUUUCCAAUGUGUUGCACAAUUAUGCAUUUUGUUUACAUUUUGUUCCUUCUUAAAUAACAGUAAUACUUUAUGUACAAACA